AAUUUGACAGCAGCUGUAUCCGGAUGGGCGGAGCCUGUCGUUCAAGCGCCAGAAUUUAAUCUCCCGCCGUUUGCAGAACAGCAGCUUCUUAUUUUAUAUUGCUACAUUACUGCAUAAAUAAAAUGUAUCCCACAGCCAAAAGAGCCUGUCCAAGUCCUCUGAAUGACAGUCUGGAGAAAAGGAUCAAACGGAUCUCUGUAGAAGGCAACAUUGCGGCGGGUAAAUCCACUUUUGUUCGAUUGUUGGAGGAGCAUGACAGAGAAUGGGAGGUUGUGCCAGAACCCAUCGCCAGGUGGUGCAAUGUACAAACUCACCACGAUGAUCAUGAGGAAUUAACCACCUCUCAGAAAAGUGGCGAAAACGUUCUCCAGAUGAUGUACGAGAAACCUGAGCGAUGGGCGUACACCUUCCAGAGUUACGCUUGCAUGAGCCGCAUCCGGGCCCAGAUCCGAUCCACCAAUGGGAAGCUCCGUGAGGCGGAGAAUCCCGUGCAGUUCUUCGAACGAUCUGUGUACAGCGACAGGUAUAUUUUUGCAUCCAACCUGUAUGAGAGCGAGUGUUUGAAUGAAACCGAAUGGGCGAUCUAUCAGGACUGGCACGGCUGGCUGCAUAAGCAGUUUGGGCAGCACAUUGAACUGGAUGGCAUCAUUUACCUGCGGGCAAAGCCUGAGCGGUGUUUGGAGCGAUUGCAUUUGAGAGGCAGAGAGGAGGAACAGGGAAUUCCAAUGGAAUAUCUGGAGAAACUUCACUAUAAGCAUGAGUGCUGGUUACAGCACAGGAAUUUGAGUAUGGAGUUUCAAUAUCUGAAGGAAGUCCCAGUUCUCACUCUGGACGUCAAUGAUGAUUUCAAAGACGACGGCAUCAAAUGUGCUGAUAUGAUUGAGAAGGUGAAAGAAUUUCUUAGCACUCUAUGAUGAUGAAGAGAAAUUUUUUACUUUUUAUAUUGUGAAAUAAAUUUUAAAUAAUUUUAUUAAUCACUUGUUUUCUUUCAUCAUCCUACUUUCAUCCGAGUGUUGUUUGUCUAGCUCUGUAUUAGUCUGCGUGGUAAUGUUUCACAUUACUCAGUUGGUGGCGCAGUUGUUCACCUCAUUAAAAGAAUUACAUAAGAAAAUUAUUACUGUUGAUAGAAAUCUUUUCUCAUCAUAAAAUAUAAAGAACAGUCUUUCUCACCAUUGUUCAGGAUUUUCUGAUUACUCAACAGCCUUUUCUUGACAAUAACAUUUAUUAUAAAACAAGUUCAACUUGUUUGCAUUCUUUAAAUUUUUAGUAAAUAUUGUAUAAGUAUACAAUACCUAGUAUACAAUACCUAUUAUUAUAACUAUUUGUUCCCUUUAAAAAUAUCAGGAACAACUUUACCUUUCAGAAUUCCAACAGUUACAGAAAUUAAAUUAAAAUCCUUCCUAGAAAAGUACAUGGAAAUUUCUAUUGUGAAAAUUAAUUUGUAUAGUUUUGCUUCACAUUCAGAGAGCGGAAAGACAAAUGCUUCAUUGAACUGUAAUUUUAAAUGUGUGUUAAACCCGGAAGUUUACAGGAUGUGAAGAUUUACUGCAGAUGGCUGUCAUUUCAGCGUAUUUUCCUCAUAAAACUUGAUCGUUUGACCUCUGUACACUUGGAAUAUUUGUACGUUUUGAAUAACAAUUGUGACUGUUUUAUAUUAUACAAUAAAUAAAUGGGUUAUAUUGUUUGCUCAAAAUGCGUGAAUGGUGUACUUUGUAAUGUAAAUACAGUUCAUCCUGACGGUUUAAAGUGAAAAUCGCACUCCAAUACGUGUCAUCAUGCAAAAUGAUAGCGCAAUAUAUAAUUUUAUAAUGACGGUAGACAAAAGCUUCUCCUGAUGCCGGUAGAGGCGCUAUUUUAGGAAACGUUCCACGGGGUCGCAUUUGGGGAACGUUGAAAACGUCCAAUGGGGUCGUAUGAG